CGUUGAACUGCCGUCGCUGACCGCCAAAAAUUUGGGGCGCGCUGGUGCAUCCAACGGCUCCAUGGCGACGACCAAGCUUCCCUUUCUGCAUCUGUUAACAGCAAUUGGACGAUUACCACAGACCACACCAUGGCUGGCUCAGCAGUGAAGAAGCGCUCGUUUAGCGACGGCCCCAAGGGCAGCGCAACACGGCCGACCAAGAAGCAAAGAAAGCUGGCGGCGUACCACAGCAGCUCCGAGGAAUCGGCCAGCGACGAUGAAGGCACCUCCGUGCCCGCUAAUCUCCUGGAUUCGGAGGACGAGGACCUAGACAAUAUCGAAGUAGACGAUGGCGCCUCGUCGGCCUCCUCAGCAUCCGAUUCAGAUUCCGAUCUGCCGUCUGAACGAGAACCAUCCUCAAAACGGAAACCCGCUCUCAAGUCUCAACAAAAGCCGACGCAAGGAUCCCAAACAAAACCAUUUAUCGCCAGAGACGCUCCCGAAUCAGACGGCGCCUCUUCCGCAAAGGACAGUGCCUCGGACGGCGAUGGCGACGAUGACGAUGACGAUGACGACAGCGACUCCAUCUCCGACGCAGCCAGCCACAGCCACAGCGGCGACUCCCAGACCCCAACCACCAGCGGCGGCGGUGGCGCAGGCCGCCGUCCCAAAUCCAAACGCAACGACCCAGCCGCCUUCGCGACGUCCAUCUCCAAGAUGCUCUCCUCCAAGCUGCCGACGUCGCGGCGGGCGGACCCGAUCGUGGCGCGCAGCGCGGCGGCGGCCGAGCAGGCGCGGGCGGCGGCCGACGCGGCGCUCGAGGCCAAGGCGCGGCGGCGGCUGCGCGAGCAGAAGCGGCUGGCCAUGGAGAAGGGCCGCGUGCGCGACGUGCUGGUGGCGAGCAAGACGCGCACGCUGAACCUGCGCACGGGCGAGAUCGAGGAGACGGCCGAGGAGGGCGCCGAGACGACGGCCCAGAUCCUCGAGCGCGAGCGCAGGCUGCGCAAGGUCGCACAGCGCGGCGUCGUCAAGCUGUUCAACGCCGUGCGGGCCGCGCAGGUGAAGGCCGCCGAGGCGGAGCGCGCCGCGCGCAGGGAGGGGCUGGUCGGCGCCCAGAGGAAGGAGGAGAAGAUCAACGAGAUGAGCCGGAAGGGGUUCCUGGACUUGAUCGCCAGCGGCGGAGGCGGGUUAAAAAAGGGCGGUCUGGAGGAGGCGUAAGAAACACACACGUAUUGGUUCUCGGAGCAGAGUGCGUGUUCGUCUGUCUAUAUACAGCACCCCCCCGAGAGUGCGUGCGAGUUGUUGUUACAGGUACAUUCAUCAGUUGAAUGCAAGGAUGCCCCUCAAAUGUCGUACAGAUUCGCGG